AUGUGGAAGGAGCCGGGCACUGACACAACUACCAGUGCCAAAUUCUGGAGGAUAGCCGUUGAAAAAUGCAGGUUGUGCCACAAACAUGUAGCUGUCCACAAACUGGAAGAAGAUGUCAACAGUUGUUCAGGGGCUAGCAGCACAGUAGUGGACCUCACUGAAGACAAAGACAAAGACUCAUCUGCUUCAUUGUCAGAAACUGAAGAACAUGACCUGGAGACAAUUGCAGAAGACUGUGACACAUGUCCUCAGGCAACUUCACCACAAGCUGCACAGAUGCUGAAAGCAGGACCAAGUACAGGGUGUUUGUAUACACCGUUGAGUGACAUAUUGCUGGAUAGCUAUUCUGAGGAAGAUUUAGAGAUGCUAUCAUCUCCUGUUCGACCUUACAGUCCAGCUCAUGAUGAGGAUGACGUCGCUGAGGUUUUAAGUAACUUCAGAAGUGAAAACAGUACUCAGGAAAGUACUACAACUGUGGUGGUCAGGAGAAAACGUGUACUGCAAAGUGCCAUCACUGCCCUUGGAAAAACAUACUUUGCAUGGCACAAUCGACCACAAGUUGAAUUUGUGGGUGAGCUUGCUGAAGACCAUGGUGGUCCCACAAGGGAGUUUUUCAGGCUUUUGAUGAAAGAGGUCCAAUCAUCCUUGGGAGUUUUUGAGGGACAGGAAGGGAACCUCUAUUUUACUUACGAUCAGUCAGCUUUAGAGCAGGGCAGGUACUAUACAGCAGGGAAACUGACUGCUUGGUCUCUGUUACAUGGAGGACCAGGCCUUAAAGCACUAGACCCUGCCUUGUUUUUGCUAAUGUGUGGUCAGGAUACAGAUCUAGAGCACUUCCGUUGUGAGUUGUUGCCAGACAGGGAGGUGCAGAAAAAUGUCCUGAAGUAACAAAAGAAACAGUGUAACACGGAAGAGGAUUGUGUAAAGCUUAAACAGGAUCUUGGGGAAUGGAUUGCUGAAUGUGGAGUGCCGCAGAUCUACAAUGCUAAACUUGAACGCCUCCCACAUAUUUAUGGACAGGUUGUGAAGCACCUCAUUUUUCACAGAACGUCAAACAUUAUCAAGCAGUUCAAACAAGGGGUUAACUCUUGUUUGAAGAUGUGGGAGACAGUGGAAAGGCACUUCACCCACACAACAGGACAACUGACAAGGAUUCCAUUCCGAUUGUUAUUUAAAGUCAUCUGGAGUGAGGACGGUUCCAACAGGAGGGAAGCAAUGUUCUCCUGGGAAUAACUCCUUACUUCAGUUGAAAGUACCUUUAUACUUUUUAAGUUUUGCAGUAACUUCAAGGGAUACUUUAGCAAAAUAAAAAUUCUGUUGUCAUUUAUUUUACCAUCAUAAGGGUAAUUUCCAGUCCAGAGCAGGUGUAUCUGUACGUGACUGCUUGCUGGUAUACAGUAUGUGGGGGAUGCUCUAAACUAAAUUGGUAAUGUUAUCUGACUGGACAGCUAGCAGCAGGCAUCUCUCCUUUAUUCACAACACAUUCCAAAAAAAUUAUCUUUUUUUUUUUUUUUGUACUGCCAACUUUACUCUAGGACUGAACGGUCUCAAGAUGUUGCAGCCCACAUUGCAGAAUUCCUCUCAUCUUUAGGACAGAAAAUGUCAAGCCCUGUUUCAGAAGACGAUCUUGAUUGUGUGCUGUACCAAAUAGAGAAUGUGAUCAGUCUGAUUGGAACAUGUGCUGACCGUUCAUCAUUUGGAAACUUGGACAAUGGUUUGGAAAAUUUACAGGAGGCACAUGAGCUUCUUGCAUCAACAAGGGAUGCAACAUGUCACGGUUACAAAGCUCCAGUUCUUAAACAAACUGGUGAGAGGGGACGGCCUGCCUUUAACAUCACCAUGGAUCAGCUUGAAUACCUCCUUGAGCUAAACUUUACUGUUCCUGAGAUAUCUCGUCUGUUGCAUGUGAGUUUAAGCACUGUGAAGAGGAGAUUGAAGGAAUAUGGACAUUCUGUGAAGCAAACAUAUAGCCAGAUUUCUGCUGAAGACUUGAGAAAAGUCAUUAGUGGCUUCAUUCAGCGGUGUCCCAAUUCAGGAUAUGCCAUGGUCUCUGGAUAUCUUAAGAGCUCAGACAUUAUGUAAGGCAGAUAUUCUCUCUAUGUGCUUUUUGAUAUAUAGAACUAAAUAUCAUCUUUAUAUAAUGUUGUUCUUUGUCCUUACAGAAUUACAUUAUGCUCACAAGCAUCAUUGUGCUUGUUUCAUUAACUGAAUGACCAGUAUUACCAUAAAUCUGUAUGUUGUAUGUUUUUGUCAUAUGAACAUUAAUGUGUUGCCAGAGGAGGGUGUCUCCUUGCCACUUAUGCCUGUGGCUGGUCACGGGUUAUAAAGGCAUUGAUGUGAUAGUUCACCCAAAAAUUUAAAUUCUGUCAAUAAUUACUUACCCUCAUGUCAUUCCAA